GCUCUGUUUUAACAUUACAGCUUCUCCGCUGAUUUCCAGAGAGGUAACAAACAUGACUGAGUUCUGGCUCAUAUCUGCUCCUGGGGAGAAAACCUGUCAGCAAACAUGGGAGAAACUCCAUGCAGCAACUACCAAGAACAAUAACCUUGCGGUCUCUUCCAAGUUCAACAUCCCUGACUUAAAGGUUGGCACAUUGGAUGUCUUGGUUGGCUUGUCGGAUGAACUGGCUAAACUGGAUGCGUUUGUAGAAGGCGUGGUCAAGAAAGUGGCUCAGUACAUGGCUGAUGUGUUGGAGGACAGCAAAGACAAAGUUCAGGAGAACUUGUUGGCCAGUGGAGUUGACUUGGUCACUUAUAUAACAAGGUUCCAGUGGGAUAUGGCCAAAUAUCCAAUCAAGCAAUCUCUGAAAAAUAUUUCUGAAAUAAUUGCUAAGGGAGUGACUCAGAUUGACAAUGACCUGAAAUCUCGAGCGUCUGCAUACAAUAAUCUGAAAGGGAAUCUUCAGAAUUUGGAGCGAAAGAAUGCGGGGAGUUUGCUGACUCGGAGCCUGGCAGAAAUCGUGAAGAAAGAUGACUUUGUUCUUGACUCAGAGUACCUGGUCACGCUCCUGGUGGUAGUCCCCAAGUUGAACCACAACGACUGGAUUAAGCAAUAUGAAACGCUCUCAGAGAUGGUGGUCCCGAGGUCGAGCAAUGUUCUUUCAGAGGACCAAGACAGUUAUCUUUGUAACGUUACCUUGUUUAGAAAAGCAGUUGAUGAUUUCAGACACAAAGCCAGAGAAAACAAGUUCAUAGUUCGUGACUUCCAGUAUAAUGAGGAGGAGAUGAAAGCAGAUAAGGAAGAGAUGAACAGGCUGUCAACUGACAAGAAGAAGCAGUUUGGACCACUUGUGCGGUGGCUUAAAGUGAAUUUCAGUGAGGCGUUUAUUGCAUGGAUUCAUAUAAAAGCACUAAGGGUUUUCGUCGAGUCUGUUUUAAGGUAUGGCCUGCCCGUGAACUUCCAAGCGAUGCUCCUUCAGCCUAACAAGAAGUCAGUGAAGAAGCUCAGAGAAGUGCUGCAUGAGCUAUACAAGCACCUAGACAGCAGUGCGGCCGCCCUUAUUGACGCUCCUAUGGACAUUCCUGGCCUAAACCUGAGUCAGCAGGAAUACUACCCCUAUGUCUAUUACAAGAUCGAUUGCAACUUGCUGGAGUUCAAGUAAACAUGCACUCCUCCUAGCCGGCCUGUUGUUGUGUUGACGUGUGCUCACGGAGUUCACUCUCAGCCCUCGCUUGCUCCUCACCCUCUUCCUUAGGCAGAUUUUCUCAUGUGGUCCAUAACUCACCCUUUGCUUUUUAAAGGAAAAAAAUAUAUAUAUAUAUUGUUUCUUUUUAUUGAUCAGGUCUGUAAAUGUGUACUGAGAAAAAUCAGAGUUUAUUUAUAAAUAGGAUAGAUUAUUUAAAGAGGUUUUCCUCCCCGAUAUCAUGGUAUGCAUAAUUCUGUGUGUUACAUUGUGUGCACAGCCUUGUUUACAGGAGAAUGGUGUAAACAUGCCCUUUUGUUCACUGUCGCUAGUAGACCUAACUGUUCAGUAGUUACCAAGCCAUGAUGUAGAGCAAGUGUGUGCUUUCUGAAUUUUCCCAACACUGUCUAUCUGUCCGCACUGUUGACACCCACAGGACAGAAUAAAAGACCCUGUGCACAGUGAGCUGUGUGUGUGACUUGAGGGUUUCCCUGCAACACGCGCUCAAUGAAGGCACAGUCCAACCGAUGGGCUGCUUUCAGGAUUCACUACUGCCGAGCUGGGAACAUUUGUGUCUGACUUGCAUAUGAUUUAAUUGUGCCAAAUUUGGGUCAGAGCACAAGUCUGAAGGUUAUUUUUCCAGAACAUGGUGAUAUUUAUAUUUGGACACCGGUCGCUUAGUUCUCUUAAAUAAGAAGUGGGGCCAGUUUUGAAUAAAGUAUAGCAAAACUAU